UUCCGCCCCCCUCACACGGGAGCGGCCGCCAUGGAGGCGGCGCCGCUCUUCUCCUUCGGUGUCAUCGCGGACGUCCAGUACGCGGACGCGGAGGACGGCUACGACUUCAGCGGGUACCGGCGGCGGUAUUACCGGCAGAGCCUUAACCUGCUGCGGGACGCUGUGGAAGCGUGGGCCACCGAGAGGCCGCUACUCGCCUUCGUGCUGCAGCUGGGUGACAGCAUCGAUGGCCUCAACGCCCGCAGCGGCGAGGCCGAGGGUGCCUUGGAGCAGGUGCUGGCAGCGCUGGGGCGGCUGCCGGUGCCGGUGCAUCAUGCGUGGGGCAACCACGAGUUCUAUAACUUCAGCCGGGCCCGCCUGGUGCACACCGGCCUCAACAGCCAUCCCGCCGGGGCCGGCCCGCCAGCCGGGGACUGCCAGGCCUAUCACUUCAGCCCGGCCGCACGGUUCCGCGUCGUUGUGCUCGACGCCUACGACCUGAGCAUCCUGGGCAGGGAGCCGGACAGCCCCCGCUACCGGGAGUCCCUGCGGCUGCUGCGGGAGAAGAACCCCAACGACAACCUCAACAGCCCUGCAGGACUCAAAGAACCUCGGUUUGUGGAGUUUAAUGGAGGAUUUAGCCAAGCCCAGCUGGACUGGUUCAAUGAAGUCCUCAAGUUCUCUGAUGAAAACCAAGAAAAAGUUGUAGUUAUGGGUCAUCUGCCCAUUCAUCCAGAUGCUUCAGACAGAGUUUGCCUAGCCUGGAAUUACGAAGAUGCCCUUUCGGUCAUACACUCCCAUCAGUGCGUGGUCUGCUUUCUUGCAGGGCACCUGCAUGACGGUGGCUAUUGUUUAGACUCUCAUGGAGUUCAUCAUCUGACUUUGGAGGGGGUUAUUGAAACUCCACCGGAAAGCAAUGCCUUUGGAACUAUUUAUGUCUAUGAAGAUAAAAUGAUACUAAAGGGAAGGGGCAGAAUUUCAGACAGAGUUAUGCAUUUCUGAAAAUGGUAAGCAAAUACAAAUUGCUCUUCUUCAGGAAGUACUUGGACAAAAAAACCAGGGGAUUCAGCUUAUUAUUUGCUUGUAGAAGGAUGUGCAUGGCUGAUCCUUAUAGCUUUAACUCAAACGUUUUUCUCUUGGAGACUUUUAGAAAUUGUGUUUCUGUAAGAAGACAGACCUAGUUUCUUCGUGGAGAACAGAGAAGGCCAGUAACCAUGUUUGAAAUAAAUAUACUUGAAUG